UUCUCCAAGCAUUUCACUCAGCAGCACUCCAUCCAUGGCUUCAGUUCUGGGCAGCAGCAGGACCUCAGCUUGUCCAAGUAGUCAACUCAAAUUCAAGUCUAAGAGGAGAAGAAGGAGAUCUAAGAGGAAAGGCCACAACCCUCUGGAAUUAAGAACAUCAAGACUGCUGGGAGGAUACAGAAAUGAAAAUGGGAGUUGUACGCAAAAGGAAAAAAUUAGCAUGCUGUCCACCUUUAUUGUACCGUUCAAGUUUAUCAAUCCUGGUGCAAGCAGCAUGGACGAAGAAGAUAAUUUAAGUACUAGCAGUGCAGAAGUAAAGGAAAACCGGAAUUUUAGAAAUCGAGAGGACCUUGCUUUAUCUACCGACAGACCAAAGGUUGGACCAACCAGUCUUAAACGUAAGAGGCCAUUGGAGGAAGGUAACGGUGGUCACUUCUGCAAACUACAGAUAAUACUAAAGAAACUGUCAUGGUCAGUAACACCAAAAAAUGCCCUUGUUCAACUUCAUGAACUAAAGCCCGAUUUGCAAUAUAGGAUAGUUUCACAAACUGGCCCUGUGCACGCCCCGGUGUUCUCUGUAGCGGUGGAAGUCAAUGGACUCACUUUUGAGGGCAGCGGACCUACAAAAAAGAAAGCCAAAAUGAGGGCAGCUGAAUUGGCUCUAAAAUCUUUCGUUCAGUUUCCAAAUGCUUGUCAAGCACACUUUGCGAUGGGGAACUGCAUCAGCCCAUCCACCGACUUCACAUCUGACCAGGCAGACUUCCCAGACACUCUGUUCAAAGAGUUCGAACCAUCUACACACAGCGAGCACUUCCCAGGCUAUUGCCCGGUUAAUAAUGAAUUUCUUUCCAGUGCAUAUCGACAUGGGAGAUUAGUUUGUCACACGUUGGAUUUAAUGGGCCAUACCAAACAAAGCAAGCACAAGAUGGCAUCCCCAGCUGAGAGUGAGAAGAACCCAGUGGUGAUGCUAAAUGAGCUGAGACCUGGGCUGAGGUAUGUCUGCCUUUCAGAAACUGUGGAGAAGCAACAUAUCAAACACUUUGUGAUGGCAAUGAGGGUUGAUGGGAGGACAUUUGAAGGUUCAGGCCGUAGCAAGAAGUUGGCCAAGGCCCAAGCCGCACAAGCUGCACUACAGGCGCUCUUCAAUAUUCAGCUGACCAGCCACAUACCCAACAGGAGUAAAUAUAACCUCUUAUCACAGGAAUUUGCAGACUCGAUAUAUCAGCUUGUAAUACAAAAAUUCCAGGAGCUUGCGGAAAACUUCUCAGUGUGCACACAUCACAAAGCCCUCGCAGCCAUCGUCAUGACCAGAGGUUUAGACCUGAGGCAGGCACAGGUCAUUGCUCUGUCAUCCGGCACCAAAUGUAUCAAUGGAGAAUACCUUAAUGACCAAGGGCUGGUGGUCAAUGACUGCCAUGCGGAGGUUGUAGUGCGAAGAGCUUUCAUCCACUUCCUUUAUACUCAGCUGGAGCUACAUUUAAGCAAGCGCAGAAGUGACUGGGAAAGAUCUGUUUUCAUACGGUUAAAAGAAGGAGGUUUCCGGCUGAAGGAGAGCAUCUUAUUCCAUCUGUAUGUUAGUACAUCACCGUGUGGAGAUGCCAGGCUAAACUCUCCCUAUGAGAUAACGUCUGACUUGAACAAGUGCAAGCACAUAGUGAGGAAAUUUCGAGGACAUCUUCGGACAAAGAUAGAGUCUGGGGAAGGAACGAUACCUGUUAGGACUCAGCCUGCAGUACAGACGUGGGAUGGUGUCUUAUCGGGAGAACAGCUAGUCACAAUGUCUUGUACGGAUAAAAUUACCAGAUGGAAUAUCCUGGGGUUACAGGGCGCUCUUCUUAGUCACUUCAUCGAGCCUAUUUACGUGCACAGCAUUAUCGUCGGCAGCCUACACCAUGCAGGCCACCUGUCCAGGGUAAUGAGCCACAGAAUAGAAGAGAUUGGUAAAUUGCCGGCUCCGUAUCGGCAUAAUCAUCCUCUCCUUAGCGGUGUGAACAACGCUCAAGCUCGUCAGCCAGGGAAAUCUCCAAGUGUUAGUAUUAAUUGGAUUAUGGGAAGUUCGGAUCUGGAAAUCAUUAAUGCAACAACAGGGAAAAGAAGCUGUGGGGGGCCAUCCAGACUCUGCAAACACUUACUAUAUGUUCGGUGGUCGAGGUUAUAUGGAAAGCUAAGCUCACGGACGCUGAGUCAAGAAGAAAUGCCUUUGGUGUACUGUGAAGCCAAGACGGUGAACCCAACGUACCAAUGCGUGAAACAGCAGCUCUUUAAAGCCAUUCAAAAAUCAGGCCUUGGCACAUGGGUGAAGAAGCCUCCCGAGCAAGAACAAUUUUUACUAACUCUGUAAAUUCGGGAUAGAUCUUUCUUUAUCAUUUUACCUGGAUUCUUCUGGAACAAUACAAAAUUGGCAGAAUUUUUAUGCCUCUCGUGCAAACUUUGUUAUCAAUAUACAUAAUUAGAUUAUUUUUGUAACGCAGUUAAUACAUUAUAUCAAUGAACGACAUGCUUUACGUGUUCGGGGGUGAUCAGAGACAAAAAUGCUUCAAACUUUGUCCAUCUUUGAGGUGGUUAAAGUUAUGAUCAGGACUGGAUUUACAUGUUCAGUGUCCAGUGAUGGGAGUCUGUGGCAACAAAGUACGAUGGGGUGUAAUAUCGCUAUCAAGGAGAUCUUCAGAAUGUUAAUAAAUAUGCAUCAAAUAUUUUCCAUCUGAGGUCACAUUAACAAUAGGAGCAUAAAUGAUGUCUGUGUAUACAAAGCACCCUUCCUUUCAGAUGUUUGUAUCUCCAUAUACUAUAUGGUUAAAUGUACGCCCAGCUCUGUCCCUCUGCACACUCAAAUACAAGGUCUUCGAGAAUUUAUUUUAUACUAGCGCUGGACAUCUCUUGAAAGAAAUUAUAAUUUUUAAUAUUUAUUAUACCAAAAUGUCCCUUUCUACAUUAUUUUUCUCUGAUUUUAAAAGCAGGGUUAUUAUUGUUGUUAAGAGUGAAUUAUAGGGGUUAAUCCAAAAUCCAGCGUUCAUGAACUCUGAAGAGAAAGAAUGGAGUGAUGGCCAUUCUUGGGAUCGGUGGUGGUCGCAUAAAUUAUAGUGUUCUUCGAAUAUCCAGUGUUCAUAAACUCCAUGAAGAAAGAAUGGAAUGAUGGCCGGCUGUGAAACCUUAUCUGAUCACCUAGUCCUGUAGAUCCGGAAAUAACCCUUUAAAGAGUACAUGUCAAAACAGGAGGAUAGUCCUGGAGAAGACUUAUCUUAGAGUAUGUGGUCAAGAUCCUACUUCUAUCCAAUGUCUAUUGCACUGUAUUCCAUCCGGUCUGCCUCUAGCUGUUGGAAAACUACAACUUUCAGCAUGCCCAGACAGUCUAAAGCUGUCCGCGCAUACUGGAAGUCAUAGUUUCCCAAUAGCUGGAGGCACACUGGUUGGGAAACACUGGUCUAUUGUGACACUGUAUAUGACAACCUGGGAUUACUUAAAAGUGGUACAUGUUUAGCAUGUAUGCUGAAUGUGUUUUUAGCCUAUAAUGGGCCAAAAGGAAGUCCUUUAGACAUACUAUAUGUUCAGAUGUUAUCCAUUAUAGCCACUUGUAUCGGCUAUGUACCCUAUAGGCAUUCCAUACCUUUUACACAACAUAAUCAGAUGUGCUAUGUUUUGUUUUACUACCAUUCAUUAUUUCUCAGAUUAUUUUAUCCUAUCUUUAUUGGAUAUAGGAUAACAUAAAAUGCAUAGUCAUGAGAAAGCUAAGUGCAUACAGUGCUACUCUUUUUUAUUUUUUUUUAUUUUGCACAAUUGCAUAGCAUGAAAUAAGAAAGUAUAACCCUUAAAACAAAACUUUGAGAAUAAAAGAGUUUAAAGCUGAGCAUACACAUAACAUAACAAGGUAACUUUGGACUUUAGCAGGUGCUGCCACCAUUUAAAACCUCCGGACUUUCCCCCAACCGCAUGUUGAGAAAGAUAAGAAUAAGGGAUAUUGGAUUUUAAAGGGGUACUCCCGUGGAAAACUUUUUUUUUUAAAUCAACUGGUGCCAGAAAGUUCAACAGAUUUGUAAAUUACAUAAUGUAGAGAUACAUGAAUGAAUGUCUGGCACAGCACUGGCAAGCAUAGGGUGUGCUCCGAUGUAACAGGAUCCGUACGCUGGAGUACAGUGAGACCACUGGUGGUGCUAAUACGGGGUGCAGGUAAGAAAGGCACAAAUCGCUAUGGCAUCAGUAAUACGAAACGUUGUGCACCGUAUCUUUAUUCCGUGACAGCAAUCGACAUGAACACAAGACAGC